AUGUCUGACGAUCAAGCAUGGAUGAGUUCUUUACCUUCAGAUCUACAAAAUCAAGUUAAUUCGCUUAUCAAAGCACAUCCUCUGAGUUUACCAGUCAUACAUAAAUUAUGUGAAUAUUUCAACACCCAGCUCAGUGAACAUGAAGACAAGAGAAGAAAAUUAAGUCCCGAAACAGAGAUAAAAACUGAAACUCAUGCACCUGAAACAUUUCCCAGUCCUAAAGUUGAAGUUUCGGGUCAGAUUCAUGAACAAGAAAUAAUCUUUGAGUUACCGCAAAUUUCAUUCCAGUCACCAAUUAGAAAGAAGUUGAACUUAAUAUUCCAUUUAUGGGUUGAACCAGGCCAAUCUCCUAAGCCCGUAAUGCUGCUUGCAUUGCCUACUACAUAUGUUCCUGAGAUCUCAAUUCAUGAUUUAGCGAACCUGAUAAAAUUAUGCAUAUUGUUGCCAAUAUUAGGGAAUUCAACUAACAAUACUAAGCGUAACAUAGGCUUGUUGUGUUUUUGGUUGCAUGAACAUGCUGCUUCAGACCCUAAUAAAAAUGACCCCAUUAUUUGUCAGGUUAACUUUGAUCAGGUCAAAAAGCAAUUAAUAAAAGCUGGUAAAAUUCCAGCCGAAGCUGAGACUCAGCUCAAGGAAAUGAGCGAGACUAAUGAAAGCCAAGACGGAAUCAAGGCCAUAAAUGAAGCCAUUAUCAAUUUCUUACAAAAGCAAUUUCAAUUGUGUGGUAUUCAUUUAAUUAACUAUUUACCGUCCUCUAACGCAACAAGAAAUAAAUUGACUAUCAACACAGAUGCUGGAAUUGCAUUAUCACUGAAGGCUAACCUGGUUAAUGAUUUAGUUAUGGUUGAGGCAUACAAAGGGGCACGAGAUGGUGCUGUUUUGAUGUUGACUGCAAAUGAAUAUAACCAACCGUAUAUCAUAUUUGGAUUUAAGAAACCAAUAUUGAUCUUUGAUAUAUCGAAAGUGCAACAUGUCUCAUAUAGUAACAUCACGAGGCUUACAUUUAGUAUGAUUGUUACGGUGGUUAAUGAGAAGAAGGAUUCGAAAGUCGAGACAUUAGAAUUUGGAAUGAUUGACCAGAAAUAUUUUCAAAUAAUGGACGAGUUUAUUAAAAGCCAGGGUAUCAAUGACAAUUCAUUUGAUGAAGACUUAAGAGAAAAGGGUACAGCAAACGCAAAUACAGGUGAAACCCAACAAACAACCGAACAGGCAGAGCCUGCGGAUAGCGAUGAUGAAGAGGAAGACGGUACUUUCCAAGUUGGACAAGAGGAAGAAGGCGAGAGCAGUGUCGACGAAGAAUACGACAGUAAUGCUGGAAGUGAUGGUGAUAGCGAUGUUGGUGAAGAGGAGGAUGAUAUCAAGGAAAACGGCGAAAAUGCUGAUACGGCAUCUGCCGAAGCUAACGACAUUCUAACUCAGAAUAAGGAAGAAGACGCUGAACAGCCAUAA